UAUUCUUUAGUACAUCCGCCUGCCAGUUAUUUCCAUCCGAUUCUCUACAUUAUAUGUACCACAGCUACAUAAUUGGUGACCCCGACGUGAUCGCUUUUGAUAGCGUGAGCAACAAUUGGAAAUUGCGACAAGACAUAACCACUACGUCCACGUGCCGGCAUGUCGACCGCGAGAACGCCACCGCCAACACCGCCUAUCAGCGUUAGCCAAGGUAGCGGAUCCUCACAAUCAAUUCAUGAGGACACGAAUUUACGAAGUCAGCAACACCCGCUACCGGCGAUGCCGCGACAGGAAGAGUGCGCCGCAGAAUUUCGAUACAUACGUCUACCAACGUUUUGGAAAAAUCGUCCUACGUUAUGGUUCGUACAGUUAGAAUCUCAAUUUAACACUUAUCGCGUCAGAUCCGACGAGAUUAAAUAUAACGCAGUCAUCAGACAUCUCGAUGAGCCUACAAUGGUUACUGUCACGGACAUCCUUGAGAACCCUCCCGCAACCGACAAAUAUAAGCAGCUCAAGGAAGCACUAAUUGCGAGAUUCACAGACUCGAAAGAAAAGCAAAUGCGAACGCUACUGAUGGGCAUUGAACUCGGUGACAAGAAGCCAUCGCAGUUACUACGCGAAAUGAAGACUCUUGCAGGAGAGAAUGCCACCGAGGGCUUGUUGCGAACCCUCUGGCUGCAGCGAAUGCCCGCUCGCAUACAUGAGAUGCUGUUAAUAUUUGACAGUGCUACCUUGGAUAAACUAGCGGAAUGUGCAGAUAAACUCAACGAACAUCCCACUUCAGUGGACAUCCAUGCCGCACAAACAACCGCAGCAACGACAGAGCGGGAUUCUAUUCAGCAGCUUAUCAAACAAAUGGCUGCCCUGACAAACAAGGUAGAACGAUUAUCUAAAGAAAAGCGUUCAAGAAGCCGUAGCAUAAGCCGCUCUCGACAACCAGUCAAGGCGUCAAUCAAGUCAUCUAACGAAGCAGACAAGACUACAGGUUUAACCUUUCUCGUUGACACGGGCGCAGACAUCUCCAUCUUACCAGUAUCAAGGCUGGGAAAACCCACUUCACCAGCGCCAUUGGUCCUAUACGCUGUAAAUGGCUCACAAGUUAAGACCUACGGGCGAAAACUUCUUACCCUAGAUCUAGGGAUACGCAGACCAAUUACAUGGCAAUUUACCGUAGCUGAUGUCUCUCGUCCAGUAAUAGGAGCAGACCUAUUAAAACAUUUUGGACUCAUCGUGGACAUCCAAGGUGAGCGUCUUAUUGAUAAGACCACUCAACUAACCAUUCCAGGUUUUAAGCUUCGAAUAGGUUACGUCGCAGCAAAGACACUGGAUUCAUUAUCAAUAUAUCACCGCAUUCUGGCGGACUACCCAAAAAUUGUCACCGAGCUGCAGCUACCUACUGAGAGGGCACACGGAAUUUAUCACAACAUUCAAACCAAGGGACCUCCUGUGGCCAGCCGACCUCGUCGACUUCCACCAGAUAAGCUCAAAACAGCAAAAGCGGAAUUCGCCCAUUUAUUACAACUAGGGAUCUGUCGACCCUCCAAGAGUCCAUGGGCGGCGCCAUUGCAUUUAGUUCCGAAGAAGCAACCGGGCUCGUGGAGACCGUGCGGUGACUACCGCGGUCUUAAUGCAGUUACAACUCCAGACAGUCAAGGCUUACCACCAAGUACCUGUCCUAGAAGAAGACAUUCCGAAAACAGCGGGAACGACCCCUUUCGGCCUCUUCGAAUUCGUCACUAUGCCUUUUGGAUGACGUACUCAUUGCUUCGGUCAACGAAGAACAACACCAGAAAGAUCUACGACAAGUCUUUCAACGACUGCAGGACGCAGGCAUCACAAUCAAUCCAGCAAAGUGUCGUUUCGGACAAAAGAAUAUACAAUUCUUAGGACACGAAAUCAGCAGCGAGGGCAUCAAACCUUUACCUGACAAGAUUUCUCGGCAUGCUUAACUACUACCGCCGACAUUUAAAGCACACAGCCAAGAAUCAAGCGCCAUUAAACAACC